AGUGUUACAGCAGUAAAGCUUGUAAAUCUAUGUCGUGACUUCCGCCAUGCGCCGUUGUAAGUGAGUUCUUGCUAAGCAUUAAUUCAUCAUGAUGUACUGAUUUGUUUAUUGUCUUUUUAACACCAUCACCGUUAUUUACAUGCAACCUGUCGAGAUAUUGAAUAAUACUACGAAUAUUCCGUAUGCUACAACAUUUAUAGUCCUCCUUUUGAUUAUUUUGCAUUUGUCUGUAUCCAUCUUUUACCGCCGUUCUCUUCUUUCACGUCGUUUGUCAGGUUGUCCAGCACUUUUUUACUUUUUAUUAUCGCUCAUGGAUAAUCGGCCGAAUUUCUGGCAAAAUACUUGAUGUGGGAUAAGACUUAAUAAACAGUCGUGCGUUUCAGUAACGCAAAGGAAUCAAAUAAGCAAUUAAAAAAUAAAUAACUACAAGAAGGAGAAAUGUGUGCUGCCAAUUCACCUCGGAUUUUGGCUACCAAACCUUAUGAUUAUCUGUUGAAAUUCUUGCUCGUUGGAGACAGCGAUGUCGGUAAGGAAGAAUUACUCAACGGGAUGGAUGAUGGUGCCUCUGAGUCUCCUUAUUACGGAUUCUCUAGUUGUGGUGUCCAUUCAAAGACAACCACAAUUUUACUUGAUGGGAAAAGAGUGAAACUUCAAUUAUGGGAUACAUCAGGACAAGGAAGGUUCUGUACCAUAUUUCGCUCCUACUCACGUGGUGCUCAGGGAAUACUGCUGGUGUAUGACAUCACAAACAGAUGGUCAUUUGAUGGUAUCAACCGAUGGUUAAGAGAAGUGGAUGAACAUGCACCCGGUGUACCUAAAAUUCUAAUUGGAAACCGUCUACAUUUAGCUUAUAAACGCCAAGUUAGUGAAAUUACUGCUGAAUCAUAUGCUCUGAAGAACGAUUUGGCCUUCUUUGAAGUUAGUCCUUUAUGUGACUUCAACGUUCAAGAGUCAUUAGCUGAACUUUCACGACUUGCGCUAAAAAGAAAUGGAAUGAGCAGAACCUGGGGUCCAAAUAAAGUUUUGAGUCUCCAAGAACUUGCUUGUCGGACAAUAGUGUCUUGUACCACCAUUUAUGGUAUUGACCAGUUGCCAUUACCACCUCGUCUGAAAUCUCAUUUGAAAUCAUAUGCGAUGACUAAUAAAACACGCAGCACACGCAUGCACAGCUUCAUACACAGGGACAAGCUUAAAAAGUUGAAAUACCUUAAUCCAACUGAAUCACCCCCUAACUGUCGCAAAAGCUGCUGCAUCAGCUAGCAUUUGUACCUCCAUACUGCUGUUCCAUUUGUGUAAAUUGCUGGCUUUUUCUUCUUUUCUUCAAGAUGAACUUUAUCAAGGAUCUCAUUAGGAAUACUUGCUUUCAUAUGGAUUCCUAUUAUUUUUAUUAUUACUAUUAUUAUUAUUAUUAUUAUUAUUAUUAUUAUUGAUUUUUUAAAAUAAUUUUUUCUCCCCUUCCUUGAAGGUAAUUUUUGUUUUUAUUUUUUUUUAUUUUUCUGAAAGCAAAAAUGAAAAACAAAAAAAAAAAACCGAGCAAAAACACUCCAACCAAUUGAUUUUGUGCUCACACAUCCCAUCAUGCUAGUGACACAGCAAAAUUUAUAUUUAUUUAUUUAUUUGUAUAUUUUGGUUACGGAUGCCAUUUCUGUAAGGUUCACACUUCUAACAAAUCCCUCCUCCAUCUCAACUAUUCUCAUAUUAAAUUAAAUUCUAAAAA